CCUCCAGGCUGGUUGGUGAACUUGAACCGUCUCCUCUCACUGUCUCACUCUGGGAGUCAUGGGACAGCCUGAAAUGCUCUUUCUCGGAAGGAUCUGAAGAGGCGCAGUUAAUUCACGCCGGGCUUUUUACAGCAUCAAAGAUGGUGCGUGAACAGUACACCACGACCACAGAAGGCACCCGCAUAGAGCGGCCAGAGAACCAGUCUGUCUACAAAAUCGGCAUUUACGGCUGGAGGAAGCGUUGCCUGUACUUAUUUGUUCUUCUUUUGCUUAUAAUCCUCCUUGUGAACUUUGCUCUCACAAUUUGGAUUCUUAAAGUGAUGUGGUUUUCCCCAAUAGGGAUGGGGUACCUGCAUGUUACAGAAGAUGGACUUCGCCUGGAGGGGGAAUCAGAGUUUUUAUUCCCACUGUAUGCCAAAGAAAUACACUCCAGAGUGGACUCCUCUCUGCUUCUGCAGUCCACCCAGAAUGUGACGGUCAAUGCACGCAAUGCAGAAGGAGAAGUCACAGGCAGGUUGACAGUGGGUCCCCAAAUGGUAGACAUCCAGAGUCAGCAGUUUCAGAUCAGCUCUGAGGAGGGCAAACCACUCUUCACUGUGGAUGAAAAGCAAGUUGUGGUCGGCACAGAUAAGCUUCGAGUGACUGGGCCUGAAGGGGCUCUUUUUGAACAUUCAGUGGAGACGCCCCUGAUAAAACCGGACCCACUCCAGGACCUUAGAUUACAAUCCCCGACAAGGAGUCUCAGCAUGGACGCCCCGAAAGGUGUUCAUAUUCAAGCUGCUGCAGGGGGGAUCGAGGCUCUUUCCCAGAUGGACAUUGUUCUUCACAGCAGUGAUGGGCCGCUUGUGCUCGAUGCUGAAACCGUGUGUCUACCCACGUUGGCUCAGGGGACUCCGGGGCCCGAGGGCAGCUCGCAGGGACUCUACGAAAUCUGUGCGUGUCCAGAUGGGAAACUUUACCUGUCUGUGGCUGGCACGGGUACCACGUGCCAUGAGCACAGUCACAUCUGCCUCUAAACCCUCAGCAUCUUCCACGGAGCACCUGCCUCGUUCCGGGGAGCUUUGAAAUGCUGACCUCAAGCCUUCACACCUGGAGCAACGCGACAAAGUAACACUGGGUUGGCACAUGGGAAGGAAGUAGGACACGCUUUCGAAGGGAGCUCUGAAAGAAAAAUGUACCAGUGAAAGCGUGCUCGUGAAACUCCGUGAUCUCCAAGUGGCGGGUGGACCUUAGACACAGAAGUCAAAGAAAUAUCAGAACAAAGUGUUGAUUCCACUAGAUUGAUUCCUUUCCAUCAGAACCAUUGUGACUUUCCCUUUCUUGUAUAACGCGUGUCGAUCUACAGUGAAAUAUUGAACUGCUGUGUGGCGUAAAUGUACGAUGCUCAGCUGUGGGUACCUGAUGCCCCGUGAGAGCAGCCCUGGUCCUGAUGAGGUGCCCCUAGAGUUCUAUGAGGUUUUCCACUGUGCGUCUCCCACCUGCACGUGCUCUCUUCAUUUUAAUGCAAAGUGUGUCAGGUUUCACAAGACAAUCUUCACGUUUUGAAGGGACGUUGAUGUUGAUUUGAUUUUCAGUAUGUAGUCAGGGGAAUAAAUUUUACAAAACCAUGCUUCCUUUAUGUAGUCAAUAAGCAAUAAAAAUCAACCCACAUUUUUCAGACUUCAGUUUGUCUUACUUUCUUUGAUCCUCACAACUCUUUGAUGUAGGUACUACUUUUCCCCCAGUUACUGGUAAUUAAAAGGUUCAGAUGGGACAGGUCAGAAGGUCAUGCAGUAUCUAUUAAAAUUAAACUGUGACCCUGCAUUUCCACAUCGGUUUUCACUUCGGACAACUCUGAUCUGUGUCUCAUUCCUUCCGCGUCACCCGUCUACCUGAUGCCUGUGCAGAUGGGCUGGUGCUCGCUUGACAAGUGGAGAAACUCACGUCCAAAGGAGUUUUGUCACCCACCAGAAUCGCAGUUAGGCGGGGCAGCUGCCCCACCGGUGUGCU